UCCUAGCUGAGAGACCUUGAUUCUGAUUUGUAAGUUUUAGAAUCUACUUGUUUAGUAUUUUACUUUUCCUGUUAUCAAUGUGGGUGAUUUGUGAGAUGUGAGCAGAACCCUGGUAUGGAAGUCAUGGCCUUUGGAGCUCAGUCUGGACUCCAGCACUAAUUGGGCAAUCCCAGGUCUUCUCUGGCUUUCAGGGUUGGACUUGAAGAGCUCUAAGAACACCAAAUAACCACGAUAGCCUCAUGCUUCCCAAAACUAGUGAUGGGUGACAGCACAUCCCUUGUAAACUACAGAUGCUGAAAAGGGGAGCAAUCUCUGUCCCUUGGUGGGCAGGUCUUGGGACUUUGGGAAGAUCCAAAGAGAGGGAACUGAUGCAACAUGCUACAACCUCAGAGUCAGAAAAGGAAAUGAUGAUCUUAAUGAGAGCUCAGCUGGAGGGGCUCUUAAUGGCCUGGGGUGAGAGUGGGAGGCAGCAGGGGUGAGAUCUCAGCUAUAGGAGCCUGGAAGAGUUGUUUGCCCAGUCCAGGUACUGAACUGUGUCCCCAACCAUUGUGGGGUCUGUUGUGGGCAGUGACCCAAGUCUCCUAGGUGGAGGGUAGCCAGCUGAGCUGGGCUGAGCUGAGCGUGCAGCAGGUGCAGAAGCUGGAGCUCCGGAGCCCUAUCAGUGGGAUGGCUUUUUAGUUCAUGAACAGUUUCCUCACCUUAAUUGGCUCUCCAGGGCCCUGGGAGUAGCACCAGCACCUCAGAACAGUACCCGUUACUGGGAGAGCAAUUCCCUUGGUAACGGGAAGGAGGCAGGCUGUAUUCUCGGGGAUAUGCUGGCUGCUGCCGACACUGCUUGGGAGGAUAUAGCUAGAGCAGAUUUGCUGAGGGAGGGAGUUCAAGGUGGUUGUGAUUGAUGGAUAGGGUCUUGGAGGUGACCCUUGUCUGCUGGAGCUCUCUCAUUCAAGGGGGACCAGCCAUGGUUGACUGCUGUGGAGGCUAAAGAGCAGGAAAGACCCUUGGAGCUUAUCUCUAAUCCCUCACUGAAUAAAUGGGGCAUCAGGAGUCCAGAAAGCAUUAGAAUCCUGCUGAAUGCCAUAGUUGUUACAGAGCCAGAAAGAAAAUUCAUCUCCUUUGCCUGCCAAUCCAGGGUUUGCCCGGGCUUGAGGGCCAGUAGGAACUGCAGACCUAGAGUAGCCUGCUGCCCUUUGUUCUUCCACUGUCUCUCUGUCCAGGCCCAGUUGGAAAUGGAGACAGUGGCUUUGCAUGGAGUGUCACUGAAGUCCUUGGAUUGACUCUUGAGAUUUGAAGGGAAGGAUAUAGAGGUGCCAAUCUAUCAGAUGAGACGAGCCCAGAUUCCUCCCACUUGUAUCUUCUGCAUUCUCUUCUGGGUUCUUUCUUGGCACCGAAAGCUUGUUUCAGUCAGGUGGUCCCCUUGGAGCAUGGGCUCUGAAAGCUGUGAACCAUCCAUCUCCUCAGCCUAUCACCUAGCUCUCAUGCCCAGUUUCUGACUCUAGCUUAGAUCCGCCACCUGGCUGUGCCCCACACUCUCUGGCUGUCCUUGCCUAACCACACUUUACCUAUUGCCUCUGUGCAUUAUGUUCCUAAAUCCUCUAGCCUCAACCCUGACCACUCUCUUCUAUUGUCGGCUUGCAUUUUGAGCUAUCUAAAAGGCUCUCAGUUGCUUACAGUUCAGAACAGAAACUUAGCAUGGCCUUCAAGGCUCUUCCUAAUCUGACUCCAAGCUAAUUUUAGAGCCUCAUCUCUGUCACUCCUGCAUGAGCCAGCUUUACGAAUCUUUCCCCUAGAGGCCUCACAUUUUGACAUCUGUAAUCCUCUGUGUAUGAUGUUCCCUCCUCCUGAAGUGCCCUUUUCUUGUUAGUAACAUCUUACCCCAAACUGAAGGUUGGCUCAAAUGUGACCCAGUUAUCAUAACUUAGAGGACACAGGGUGGAGGUUAACUUGGGAAUAAGCAGGACCCCAUUACUGGAAUUGAGCCCUUUGUAAAGGGUGAGGUUAGAACAAUUUAAUUUAAGUAGCUGUUGCUUUAGGCCAGGGGCCAGCAUAGUUUUUCUGUAAAGGGCUAGAUGGUAAAUAUAUUUGGUUUUGUGGGUCAUAUAGGCUCUGUUACCACUACUUAAUUCUGCCACUGCAGCACAGACAAUAUGGGAAUGGAUGGGCAUGACCGUGUUCCAGUAAAUUUUUACUUACAAAAACAGGCAACCUGUGGUUUUCUGACCCCUGUUUUAGUCUCUGCCUGGGGAAAUUGGAUGGAUUUGAACCUGUGAGUGACAUCAAAUAGGAAUAUCCGUAUAGGAGCCAGGCAGGCCCAGGAAAAUAUGGAAGGAAAUUUCAGGUAGGGAAUAGUGUUAGGAUGAGGCAUGGAGAAAAGGGGAGGAGGCAAAGGAGGGAGUUAAUUUUGGCUGCAAUAUAGGAUUGUUUGAAGGAGAGAAGUGAGAACUCUGGAAUGGAAAUUUGAGGCCACAUUAUGAAGGGUCUUGACCAAUUUAAGCUCUAGGCAGUGGGGAGACACUGGAUACUUUGGUCAAUGAAUACGAUCAAAUACGUAUUUUUAAAAAGUUAUUCUGGUUCAGUGAGAAGAAUGAUUGGAGGAGACAAGACUGGAUGCAGAAAGCCCUGCUAGGAGGCUACUGUAGUUGUCCUGGCCAUUGGGUCCAGAUUACUGGUCCUCAAAUGCCUAAGAAUUACUUGGGUUACUCACCAAAAAUAUAGAUUCUUGGUCCCACACCCACAUACAAGAGAUCUAGAUUUGGCAGAUUCAGGUUUUCUAACAAACCCUCAAGAUUUGUGAAUCACUGGUCCAGCAAAGCAGAAUGAAGCCUGACCCAGAGAGGCUAUGGAUACCAGAGAAAGUGGGGCCCACAUAAGAUGGGAUUUGGCAAGUACACUCUUACUCCCUCUUAUCUCUGUCUAUGACAGCCCAUCCAUUUGACCCCUUUUUCUUCACACACCACCACUCCUUCCAACAUCUUAUUUUGGUCAUGCCUUAUUGGUUCUCUUUGAAACACUUCUGUCCCUUUCUUUCCAUUUCUGCCCUUGUUCAGGGUCCCAUCAAUGCUAAACUGGACAAAGCUUCUCCCUGUGCCCCAUCUCCAGUUCAUCAACAUAAUCAUAAAGCCCAGCUUUGUCACUCUCCAGAGCCUUUGCUUUUAGGAUAAAGGUGAAGCUCCUUAGUUUAGCAUUCAGGGUCCUUCAGGAGCUUACUCUCCUACCAGUCUUUCCAAGCUUAUUCCCUGCCACUUCCCAUCUGUGCUUUUAAAAUUUUCCUGUGCUCUGUGUUUUUGCAAUUAUUUUGUGCUUGUAGUCUUGCCUCAUCCUAAUGUCUUUCCUCUAAUUCGACCCUGCUUUUCCUUCCCUUUUUUCUCCCUGCUUGUGUUUGACUGUAUCUCCCUGGGGGGGGGGGGGGUUAGAGUUAGCUGCCAAGGGACACCUCCCAGGACCUUUAUGCAUCACAAAUGUGUGUCUUCCCCAUCUGAAGUCCUAAUCCUCCACUUGUGACGGACAAUUGGUCACUAUGGCAACUGACUGUGACGUCACAGGAUAAGGACUUCAGGUGAAGUGGCAGGAGCAGGUGAGUGUGUAGGAGAUAGAUUUUAAUGUCUGUCGAAGGCCUCCCCCCCACACCCUCCUUCAGUGCCGGGGGCAUGGAGGGAUAUCUCGGGCUCCUGCUGAUUUUUAAAAGGAUGCGGUGAGAGUGUGUGCCUGGCAUCUGCGUGCUGCAGCAGUGUGGGGCUGACAGAGUGUGUCAACUUGAGCUUUGGUUGUGCAGGCACCGCUGCUGCGUGAGCCUGUUAUUCCAUUCUGGAUUGCUAUUUUGAUACCCAGAUUGCAUCAUUCUUCCUACGUAUAAACAGGGGGUCCCCAGGGCCCUGCAGCUACUCACUUCUCCACCAACACUGUUGUUGUGAUGAGCUCUAUUUAAAUGAGCUGCCGGAUCGGGGCAGAUUCCAGCCAUACAUGAGCACUGUCAUUUUGGGGAACAUGGAGGGCUGAAGGAUUUUUGGAUCGAAUCCUAAAAGGCUGAGAGUGAUGGCCUCCCGAGCUGUGCAGAGGGCGACAGAGCUAGUUCCUGAAAGUUGAAAAUCUCGUUUUCUUCCUUCUGAGCUUCUAUUCCAAGGCACCCAGAGGAUUAGGAAGGAGAUGCAGCUAGGAAGAGAGUCGCCUCUUUGAGGUCUCCCUCUUGCUGUUCAGUUUGGGAAAUUGCUGCAGAGCCUUCGAGAUAAACAGGAACAGGAGGAGUCAACCAACCUUUUCUUGCAGGAGCAUCUCAGUGAUUGGCAGAGGCUUGUGGAGUAGAAUGUCUUACUUGUGGAUACAGAGAGCUCAUCUCCUGUCCUGGGUGUAAGCAAGUGGACCUCACCAGGGAUGUAACUGAGCAUUUUUUUCUGCAGUGCUUUUCUACUGGGCAAUCCAAGAUGGCCAGGAACUGCUCCGAGUGCAAGGAGAAGAGGGCAGCACACAUCCUCUGCACCUACUGCAACCGCUGGCUGUGCAGCUCCUGCACGGAGGAGCACCGGCACGGCCCAGCCCCCGGGGGCCCUCUCUUUCCCCGGGCCCAGAAGGGCCCGCCAGGAGUGACUGGUGGUUCUGGGGACUUCGCCUUGUACUGUCCUCUACACACACAAGAAGUGCUCAAGCUAUUCUGUGAGACUUGUGAUGUUCUAACAUGCCAUAGCUGCCUCAUGGUGGAACACAAAGAACAUAGGUGUAGACAUCUUGAAGAAGUUUUGCAAAACCAGAGGAUGCUUCUGGAAAGUGUGACUACACAGGUGGCUCAUAAAAAAUCUAAUCUACAGACCUCUGCAAAGCAAAUUGAGGACAGGAUUUUUGAAGUGAAGCAUCAACACAGGAAGGUGGAAAACCAAAUCAAAAUGGCCAAGAUGGUUCUGAUGAAUGAGCUGAACAAACAGGCCAAUGGGCUCAUAGAGGAGUUGGAGGGCAUUACUAAUGAGAGAAAGCGGAAGCUGGAGCAACAGCUACAGAGCAUCAUGGUUCUCAACCGCCAGUUUGAACAUGUGCAGAACUUCAUCAAUUGGGCUGUCUGCAGCAAAACCAGUGUCCCUUUCCUGUUCAGCAAAGAGCUGAUUGUGUUUCAGAUGCAGCGAUUGCUGGAGACAAACUGUAACACAGAUCCUGGCUCCCCUUGGAGUAUCAGAUUCACCUGGGAGCCUAACUUCUGGACCAAGCAACUGGCUUCCCUUGGCUGUAUAACUACUGAAGGUGGACAUCUGUCCCGGGCAGAGACUCCUGCUUAUGGAGGCUUACAGGGACCGCCAUCCUUUUAUCAAAGCCAUCAGUCCCCAGUGGCACAGCAAGAGACUCUCAGCCACCCCUCACAUAAGUUCCAGUCUCCAGCACUGUGUUCCUCAUCUGUGUGCUGCUCCCACUGCUCCCCAGUCUCGCCCUCCCUCAAAGGUCAGGUCCCCCCACCCGGGAUACACUCAGCUCACAGCUUCAGGCAACCCUCUGAGAUGGCACCCCAACAACUGGGGUCUCUGCAGUGCCCUGCCCUGCUGCCCAGGGAGAAAGAGCUGGCUUGUAAUCCUCAGCCACCAAAACUGAUGCAGCCCUGGCUGGAAACGCAGCCCCCCGUGGAGCAGGAGAACUCGUCUCAGCGGCCGGGGCAGCAGCUGACUUCCCAGCCAGUGUGCAUCGUGCCCCCGCAGGAUGUUCAGCAAGGAGCCCAUGCCCAGCCCCCCUUACAGACCCCCUCCAUCCAAGUCCAGUUUGGCCACCACCAGAAGCUGAAGCUCAGCCACUUUCAGCAGCAGCCACAGCAGCAGCUGCCACCUCUGCCGCCUCCGCCGCCCCCACCCCAGCAGCCGCCGCCGCCACCUCUACCUCCAUCCCAGCACCUGGCUUCUAGUCAGCAUGGAAGCCCGCCUGGGCCUGCCUGCUCCCAGAACAUAGAUAUAAUGCACCACAAAUUUGAGCUGGAGGAGAUGCAGAAGGACCUGGAGCUUCUCCUUCAGGCUCAGCAGCCCAGCCUGCAGCUGAAUCAGACCAAAUCUCCUCAGCACCUUCAGCAAACCAUUGUGGGGCAGAUCAACUACAUUGUGAGGCAGCCAGCACCCAUCCAGUCCCAGAGCCAGGAGGAUGCCGUGCAGGCUUCAGAUGAGCCCCCAGCAUCUGAAGGUCCAAAGCCGGCUCUCCCUCUUGACAAGAAUACUGCUGCUAACUUGCCCCAGGCGUCUGGGGAAGAAACCCCUCCCAGUGUCCCCCCACUGGACAACACCAUCCAGCACUCCUCUCCAAAUGUGGUGAGAAAGCACUCCACUUCGGUGAGCAUCAUGGGCUUUUCCAACACACUGGAGAUGGAGCUGUCAUCUACCAGGCUGGCAAGGACCCUAGAGCCAGAGAUCCAGAGCGUGAGCAGCCUGCCUGCCGCCCCUUCCCACAUGGUACCAAGCCUGCUGAGCAGCACCCCCACAACUGUGUCCAGCCUGAUGAGCAGUCAAAACCAGGCUAUGCCCAGCCUGACAGUGGGUCAUCUGCCGACCAUACCCAGCCUUGUGCGCGGCACACCCCAGUCCGUGCCCAGCCUGAUGAGUGAUUCCUCCCAGGCCAUCACAAGCCUAGCAAGUGAUCAGUCACAGGCCAGGCUCAACCUGAUGUCUGGUCCCACCCAGGCUAUGCCAAGUCUGGCGACUUGUCCUCUGCAGAGCAUGCCUCCAGCUUCUGACGUGCAACCAGAAACUGGAUCCAGCUGCAGUCCUGGCUCUGGGCGAGCUGUAGGGAGCCUGUGCCCUGGAGAUGGGGCUGACCCCUCUCUCGGGAAUGCCCUGUGUAAGAUGGAAAGUGAGGAUUCUACCCGCUUCACUGACUCUCUGAGACAAGACUCCACAACCCGUGGUCUGGAUGCUUCCAAGGACUUGGCUAUCCCUUCAGAACUAGAGGAGCCAAUUAACCUCUCUGUGAAGAAACCCCCACUGGUCCCAGUGAUCAACACGUCCAUGGCUCUGCAACAGUACCGGAACCCAAAAGAGUAUGAGAAUUUUAAACAAGGAGCCCUGGAAUUGGAUGCAAAAGGGAACCAGAGUAUCAGGCCCUUCAACAGCGAGCCUAAGAUUCCCUAUGUGCGACUGGAGCGGCUCAAGAUCUGUGCUGCCUCCUCGGGAGAGAUGCCUGUGUUCAAGUUGAAGCCCCAGAAGAAUGAGCAGGAUGGGAGCUUCCUGCUGAUCAUCGAGUGUGGCACUGAGUCCUCCAGCAUGUCUAUUAAGGUCAGCCAGAACAACAUGCCUGAUGCCAUCCAGGCCCCAAGUCUGGGGGGAAGAAAGGUCACUGUCACUUCUCUGGCGGGGCAGCAGCCACCAGAGGGGGAGGGUGCAUCUCCUGAAGAACAAAGACUCAUUCCUCGGACCCCUGGAGCCAAGAAGGGGCCCCCGGUACCAAUAGAGAAUGAGGACUUCUGCGCUGUGUGCCUCAAUGGGGGAGAGUUGCUGUGCUGCGAUCGCUGCCCCAAAGUGUUCCACCUUUCCUGCCACUUGCCGGCCCUGCUCAGCUUCCCCGGGGGAGACUGGGUAUGUACCUUGUGCCGCAGCCUGACCCAGCCCGAGAUGGAGUACGACUGUGAGAAUGCCCGCUAUAAUCAGCCUGGAAUGCGGGCCACUCCUGGCCUGAGCAUCUAUGACCAGAAGAAGUGUGAAAAGCUGGUACUGUCCUUGUGCUGCCAUAGCCUCAGCCUGCCCUUCCAUGAACCUGUCAGCCCACUGGCUCGGCAUUACUACCAGAUUAUCAAGAGGCCCAUGGACCUGUCAAUCAUUCGGAGGAAGCUGCAAAAGAAGGACCCAGCUCACUACACCACCCCAGAGGAGGUGGUGUCAGACGUCCGCCUCAUGUUCUGGAACUGUGCGAAGUUCAAUUAUCCCGACUCAGAGGUUGCAGAGGCCGGCCGCUGCCUGGAAGUGUUCUUUGAGGGCUGGUUGAAGGAGAUCUACCCGGAGAAACGGUUUGCCCAGCCAAGGCAGGAGGACUCAGACUCCGAAGAGGUGUCAAGCGAGAGUGGGUAUUCCACUCCGCAGGGUUUCCCAUGGCCCCCCUACGUGCAGGAGGGCAUCCAACCCAAGAGGCGGCGGCGACAUAUGGAGAAUGAAAGAGCAAAAAGAAUGUCAUUCCGCCUGGCCAGCAGCAUCUCCCAGGUGUGAGAGCUGGCGGUACAGCGAGCACUCUGGCAGCUGGUGCCUCAUGCUGUUGACCACUCCUCCCCACCUUUCAGCUCAUUCUCUUCAGAUCAUGGAUGUGAGACAAGUCUUGUCGAGCUGUGUAGUGCUCUUUGCCGUUUGCAUCUUACAACAUUCAUUUGGGAGCCAUAGUGCAUCCACUACAGAGAAGAUUUCAGUAAUAAACAGCAAAGAGGGAGGUGUUCCCUAUUACCAGAAAAAUCAGAUGUGUGGGGUCCACUUGACAAGACCAAGUCUGGUCAGGCUUGGGAGGACUUAACUUCCUUGGUGACUGCUCUCUGCUGAGGAGAGCAGACUUUUCUCACCUUUCAGUGUGCAAGGCUCAGGAGCAAUGUAUCUAUCUGAAGUCCUCCUGGGUCCAGAAGAGGGUAAAAGAAGGGAGAGAGGUUCUGACAUAUGGCAGGCCUGUGAUCCCUGGCCCAGCACAGCCAAAGACUGUCACUGUUUGCCUUUGUUUGGCCUGCCAGGACAGGAAGCUCCCCUGGGCAGGGUGAUGGAGGCUUCCAGAGGCCAUAGGUCUCAAUUGGUGCCUAUUCGGGUUCUAAUGGUUUUCAGGGUAUUUGUUUCUCAUGCUCCCUGUCCCGAUGUUGACUUAGGUGGCCGCUAUGAAAGUGCUCUAGGUGGUAUGUAUGGCAUUCUUGACGGGGCCAGGUGGCUGUGCAGGGACCACCGACAGCUUCAGGCUCAGACGUGCAGGCUUAAGGAGAUGUCAACUUCAGAGCCUGUCCUCUGUGCCACUUACUUUGGGUUAAUAACUCUUCUUUAGUGUCAGAACCUGCCUUCCUAGAAGUGAUUGUCAGUGGCCAUCCCUUCAUUGUCUCCACUCAGAGAUCUGGAGCCCGAGUUCUGCUUGGGUAAACCUGAGAGUUGGGUUGGGCAAGGGGAGUGACCCAGAACUGGCUCGCUGUGCUAGGCUUCUCCUCUGUCGUAGAGAUCCUAGUUCUCAGCCUUUCCACGUUCGCAGAGCCAAAGAUCAGAAGUGAGUUCUCGGACUCACUCACCCCCAGGCUGUCUGCAGCCCCAAAAAAAGUCAGGACUCUACUGGCAGCCCUUUUCUGUUGGAGGUUGGAGAAGGCCAAAGGGACUGCCAGGAGCGUGGUGUAAUCAUUCAUGGGGGAAGUUCUGUCUAGGGUAGAGAAGAGGAAACUGACAGGUGAGAAGCCAGUGUCCUUCAGUGACUUUGGAGCAACUUCAGGACAUCACUUCUCCGAGAAUGCAGAAGGAAAUGUUCUGGAAGCCAUGGGAACAGGAAUUCCAGACUCUAUCUCAGAUGGAGAUGGAUCUUCAUGGUCCGUGUGGGGUGUUUGGGGAAGGCUGCAUAGGCAGAUGCUGGGGGUCAAGCUACUUCCUCAGCCAGGACUUAGUUGAGAAGGACCCUAUUGCUGAUGGUGUUGGGGGAGCUGCAGACCUGGCGCUUCAGUGGGCUGGCCCAGAGACAUCACUUUGUCGUGGCUUGGCUUUAUUUUUGCUAAAAGAUGAAAUUUAAGGAAGCUGUUGUUUGUAGGGCCUUUGUUAAGGGGAACAUUGUGCUCAGAGAAAGCUCUGCUUUCCUUGUCAGUCGGUGGUGCUGCUCAUUUCCUUUGCCACCCAGGCUGAGAGGCCAUCCUCCGCCGGCCAUUCUUUCACCAGCACCUGCCAGGCUCUCCUGCGCAGACAGGCUUCCAUAAUCCCGUUUCCCAGUUUGGGGUAACUAAGUCUUUCGUGCUUCACUAGCCAGGCAAUCUUUAGACCUAGCCCUCUGUUCUUUGGGGCUCACAUGACUCUCUGGCUUGGGCUCUGGCCACUUUCCUUUCAAUGUUUGAAUCGUUUUCUCUGUUUAGUUCACUUGGCGAGGUUCCCUCUGUAAUUACCUCAUGAAUUCAUGCUCUAGGUCAUCUUUCCUGUGUUGUGGCCCCCAUUUCCACCUUCCCUGAGUGAGAAUCAUGGUGCUUUGUGUCAGAUAGCCAGGUGAGGGCUGUGACAGUCUCAAACCUGACUGAGAUCCUUCCACAGGACCAACCGGAGACCACAAAUAUAAAGCAGAAAUGCGGGGCUAAAUGCUUAGCUCCCCUUUUAUUCGUGAAGCUCCUAGCUGGGUAUAGCCUGCUGGGCCAGGGGAUCGUAGUAACGUAGUCGAGAGUCACAUAUUCCUUUCCUACCGCAGAGACCCUGCAUGCUGAGAGGCCCACUUUCGGCACCUGAGCAGAUGUAGGGUAUCCUCCCUGCAAGGGUGCAAGGUCAUGGCCCACCACACCACCCCUGCACUGCUUACCCCACACCACUGCCCUCCCCCAGGCUUUUCCUGUGUACUUAGCACCAAUGUUUUGUGUCAUGGUUUUUGUUUUGUUUUGUUUUGCAUGCAGAAAACAGAACAUGACUUUUUAUAAAUUAAAGAAAAAAAAGCUGCUAGCUGA